AUGCUGACCAGCGCUACCUGCUCGGCACGAAGAGGAGCGGUGGGAGCUCGGGGCACUAUGCGUGGCUCUGGACUCGUUCCGCGGGAGCUUGCGAAAACCACAGCCCUGUGCGCUGCUGGAAGCGAGUUAGAGACAUGUAGGAGGAAGGGCGAUGUCCCAUUGUCUUUGGCGUCAACACCCGCACACGUGCCCGAUGAUCGGACCGAUCCCCGUUCGAGCGGCCUCAUUUUGCAUUUUGCUCUCCACCCAGCAACUCCAAGCAACCGACUCACCUCUCCGAGAACCGUGCACGCCUACGCCUCCUUCGGCAAGGGCGAAGAGAUCAAAUCCUGGGAGUACCAGUCUCGCCCGCUCGGCGCCGAGGACGUCGAGAUCAAGAUCUCGCACUGCGGCAUCUGCGGCUCCGACCUGCACACGCUUGACAGCGGCUGGGGACAGACCACGUAUCCGUGCGUGGUGGGACACGAGAUCGUCGGCGAAGUGACGCAGGCUGGUCCCGACGUCAAGGGCCUGCAGGUCGGCGACCGUGUGGGUGUCGGAGCGCUGGUGUCGGCGUGUCUGAACAAGGACCCAAAGGCUCCGUGCUCCGUGUGCGCCAAUGGUGACGACGCGUAUUGCCCGCACCGCGUGUGGACAUACAACGACAAGUACAAAAGCGACGGCGCUCUCACGUACGGCGGAUACGCCGACUACGUGCGUGUGCCGCACGAGUUUGCGAUCAAGAUCCCGGAUAACAUUCCGUCGGACGUGGCUGCUCCUCUGAUGUGUGCCGGCACGACGGUGUUCACGCCGUUUAAGGAAGCCGGCAUCAAGGAGGGUGACCGUGUCGGCAUCGUGGGCAUUGGCGGCCUGGGCCACAUUGCCAUCCAGUUCGCCAAGGCUAUGGGUGCCGCCUCCGUGACGGCGUUCUCUCGCUCCAACAACAAGGAGCAGGAGGUGCGUGGCCUGGGAGCCGACGAGUUCGUGGUGUACACGGACGAGAAGCAGGCGAAUGUGGCCGUCGGCUCCGUGGACAUCCUGCUGAUUACGGCCGAUGCCAACAACAUGCCGUACAGCACGUUCCUAAGCUUCCUGUCCGUGCGCGGCACGUGCAUCAUGGUGGGUCUUCCAAACGAUGACAUUAAGUUCAACGCGUUCCAAGUCGUUGGGAAGGGCGCCAAGUUUGUGGGCAGCAACGUGGGCAGCAUCCAGGACAUGAAGGACACGCUCGAGGUGGCGUCCAAGCACAAUGUUCGUCCGGUGAUCCAGAAGCUGCCGAUGGCCAAGGUGAACGAGGGCAUCGACAUGGUGCGCAAGGGCACGGUGCGCUACCGCGUGGUGCUCGAGAAUUAG